CACAGAGGUGCACUUCCCGUCUCGAUGGUUUCUGAUUCGGCGGCGCUGGCGUAGGGGAACCAAUGGAGAGCGGGCUUUGGGGUUGCCAGGGAGAGCGAGAGAGGCUGGCGGCUGACUUCCUCUUCCGGCGACUGAGGCACGAGGAUCCGGUGUCCCAACAGCGGGAAAAUGCGGCCUUUGACUGAAGAGGAGACCCGUGUCAUGUUUGAGAAGAUAGCGAAAUACAUCGGGGAGAACCUUCAGCUGCUGGUCGAUAGGCCCGACGGCACCUACUGCUUCAGGCUGCACAACGACCGGGUGUACUACGUGAGCGAAAAGAUCUUGAAGUUGGCCGCCAACAUCUCCGGUGACAAGCUGGUGUCGCUGGGGACCUGCUUCGGGAAAUUCACUAAGACCCACAAAUUCCGGUUGCACAUCACAGCUCUGGAUUACCUUGCGCCCUAUGCCAAGUACAAAGUGUGGAUAAAGCCUGGAGCAGAGCAGUCCUUCCUGUAUGGGAAUCACGUGUUAAAAUCUGGACUGGGUCGAAUCACUGAAAACACGUCUCAGUACCAGGGCGUGGUGGUGUACUCCAUGGCAGACAUCCCUUUGGGUUUUGGGGUGGCAGCAAAGUCUACACAAGACUGCAGGAAAGUAGACCCCAUGGCGAUUGUGGUAUUUCAUCAAGCAGACAUUGGGGAAUAUGUGCGACACGAAGAGACAUUGACUUAAAACGAAACCAUCGCAAGGACGUGUGGCUGUGUGGAAGGGCCUAGCUUUGUUUCCUGUGUCUGUGUAGGCUCCACCAUCAUGUUGAAUUUGGUCAACACUGUGAUCUCUCCAGGGACUUCUUAGUUUAAUAUGGACAAAUGCAGGCUGGAUUCUUAUUAAGCAGAAAUGGGUCAAAAAUGGCGUUUCGGGUGUUUGUGUUUGCUACUAAAUAGAAUAUCGUGUUUUAUAUUUCAAUCAGAGGGCUUCUUAUUUUCAGUAAAAGAUUCUAAAUCAUUGGAAUUGAGGA